AUGUUUGGGAUGAGGACAAGAAUAGCUUUGGAGGAGAAAAAAGUCGAGUACGAGUACAGAGAAGAAGAUCUAUUGAACAAGAAGAGCUCAUUGCUCCUCGAGAUGAACCCUAUUCAUAAGAAAAUCCCGGUUCUCAUCCAUAACGGUAAACCGAUCUGUGAAUCUCUCAAUCAGGUUGAGUACAUCGACGAGACUUGGCCCGACAAAAACAGAAACUCUCUCCUUCCAUCAGAUCCUUACAAGAGAUCUCAGGCCAAAUUCUGGGGCGAUUUCAUCGACAAAAAGGUGAAUGUUGCGGGGAGGAGGAUUUGGGCAACGAAAGGUGAGGAGGAAGAAGCAUGCAAGGAGUUAAUCGAGAUACUCAAGACGCUAGAGCUCGAGCUUGGAGACAAAAUCUACUUUGGAGGCGAGACGUUCGGGUAUGUGGAUAUAGCUCUGAUUGGAUUCUACAGCUGGUUUGGAGUGUACGAGAAGUAUGGGAAUGUCAGUAUCGAAACAGAGUGUCCAAAACUAAUUGCGUGGGCCAAAAGGUGUUUGCAGAGAGAGAGUGUCGCUAAAGCCCUACCUGAACCGGAGAAAGUCACUUCUUUCAUUUCCGAGCGUAGGGCGAAACUUGGGUUCGAGUAA